AUGGCAGCAGUACACAAAGUGGCCAUUUUUGGCGCUGGAGGCACAAUCGGCAAAUCAAUCACCUCUGCGCUCGUCACGGACAAAAGCUUCGAUGUCACAAUCAUCAGCCGUGCCGACUCUACAUCGACAUUUCCAAACGGGAUUCCCGUGACACGGACCGACUACACCGUCCCCGCGCUGACUGCUGCUCUCCGGGGCCAAGAUGCCGUGGUGUCUGCCGUCGGCGUAGCCGGAAUAUCCAAGCAGAAAGACAUGAUGGAUGCGGCCGAGGCAGCUGGGGUCCGCCUCUUUAUCCUCAGCGACUUUGGCUAUGGGCCGGCCCAUCAACAUCUGCCUGAAUUCGACACAAUCGGAAAACCACGUCAGGAGGUGCUGUCCUACGCCAGCGAGAGAGCGAAGUCAAAUCCGCAGUUCACAUGGUCGGCUGUUGCCAUAGGAAAUCCAAUCGAUUGGGCCCUGAAUGCAUUCCCCACCUUGGGCUUCGACUUUGUCAAUCGCAAAGCUAUCAUCUACGACUCUGGAACCGAACGAUUCACCGGCACGACUAUGAACGGCAUCGCAAAUGCAGUCGUCGGUGCCUUGAAGCACCCGCAAGAGGUCGCAAACAGACAUUUGCACGUGCGUUCCGUCGAGACGUGCCAGAACGAGUUGUUGGCUGCUGUGGAGGAAGUGACGGGCGAGAAGUGGCCGGUUGCACACGAGACGACCAAGGAUCUUCUGGAAAAAGGGAGAGCGAAGCUAGCCAAAGGGGAGCGUGGGUGGGUUUUGGAUCUGAUUGUUGCCCAGCUGUUGGAAGAGGGAAGUGGUCGCUCAAUUGUGGUCACCCAAGACAAGGCCGACAAUGGCCUCUUGGAGAUGCCAAAGGAGGAUGUGUUGGGCAUGGUUAGAGGGAUUCUGAAGGGGUGA